GGCUCAGCUGUCAAAAUUAACCAAAACUGUCAAAUUAGCAAGAAAUGUCAAUUAGAAAAUAAGAAAAAAUUAGAAUGAAAGUAAAAACGCAAGAAAUCGACGGAAAAUUGUGAAAAAGUGCAAAAAGUUCUACUUACAAAUAGCGGUGGUCAGAAGUGAUUACAAUAAAUUAAAUAAUCCAAUUGGAAACGGAAAAUUUACGUCACAUGUGUGUGUAAUAAAAUGAAAUCUCGUCGUGUGGUCGAUUUUGAAGUUACAAGAAUGAAAAUGCAUAGUGUGUGAAAAGCGAAAAGAAAAUUCCUCCCAACAACAAAUGCAGCAGUGGCAAAGCAGCGCAUACGGCCGCGCCCCCAAGCCCACUUGCUGCCAGGAAGCAUAGCAGUGGUGGUCAUAGUGAUUCCCUUGCAAGAGAAAAUUCUUUUAUCGCUGUGUAUAUAAAUCGUAUAAAAAGAAACAAGUUAGUUAUAGUAAAAGUUAUAAAUUUUACAAGCAAAGCAAAGAGAUAACGUGCAAGUGUAUUAGCAUUCCUUUAUAUAUUGUUUCGUCGGGUGGUUGGUUGUGUGAUCAAACGAUUAGUGGAUAACAAGUCAGUGGCGAUUGCCACAAAAGCUCUGACGACAACCAGUCGGUCGAUGGGUUAAGGAGGGGGGGGUGGUUGCAAAAAGAUAUUCGAACAAUUUUUCGCCAAACCCACUUACCUACUUUUGACAGGUAGUACGUUUACCUAAAACAAUCAGCCGCUUGCGUAGUCGGCCAAUACAACGUUCAGCAAGUCAAAACAAAUAAUAGAGACAGAGUAAUGGCCGCACAACUCGAUCCGAAUGUCAAGGACGACUUGAAGACUCAAUUCGUGACGCGUGAAGGCACCUACCGGUUACUCACGCUGUCUGAGUACUCCCGUCCAAAUCGUGUUGGUUACAACACAAAUCAAAGUUCACCGCAAGUGCGUGUUUCCAUUGUGUCACUACCUAAUAAUAACCCCGGUCCAAAUGCCAUAAGUGCCAACAGUAGUGGCGGCAAUACUGUUGGUGGUCCAAUAAAUGGCAAUGUCAAUGGUUCGGCGACAAACAAUUCCAAAGGUAGUGGUGAUGGUUCUGCGAAUGGCAGUAAUGCCUCCGCCACUGGUUCUUUAGUUAAUGGGCAACAACAGGCGGCUUACGGCGUGCCAGCUACAAUGGAUGCGCGUCUGGGUGCUGGCAUAUCGAUGCAUACAAUGAUCAACGGUGGCUCAGAUGGACAAAAUGGUCUGGCUAGUCAAAUCUAUGGUGGCGAUAGGAUUUGUUUCAAUUUUGGCAGGGAACUAUAUGUCUAUGCAUUUCGAGGAGUGAAAAAGGGCGCAGAGAUGACCAAACCGAUCGACAAGAAAUUCUACAAAGGCACCAAUCCGAGUUGUCACGACUUCAAUGCGACCACAGCCACGUCGACCGGCGCGCCGCUGCUCGUCGGCUUUACCACCGGGCAAAUACAGCUCGUUUCGCCCCAGCCAGGACCGCGUGAGCUGCGCAAGCUAUACAAUGAAGAGCGUCUGAUUGACAAGACCAAAGUGACAUGCUUGAAAUGGCUACCGAAUUCACCGAAUCUAUUUUUGGCUUCGCACGCAUCAGGCAAUCUGUAUUUAUACAACGAGGACCUCCCCUGCACACCGACUGCGCCCAAUUACCAGCCCUUCAAAAUGGGCGACGGCUAUACAAUACUCACCUGCAAAUCGAAAUCGACGCGUAAUCCACUCUACAAGUGGAUAUUCACCACAGAGAAUUGCUGCAUCAACGAAUUUUGCUUUUCGCCAUGCGGCUCCAAUUUGGCCAUCGUCUCACAAGAUGGUUUUCUGCGUGUCUUUCACUAUGACACCAUGGAGUUGCUGGGCAUAGCGCGUUCCUAUUUUGGUGGCUUUUUGUGUGUGUGUUGGUCGCCCGAUGGCAAAUAUAUUGUUGUGGGCGGCGAAGAUGACCUGGUGACGGUGUGGUCGCUGCACGAACGACGUGUAGUGGCGCGUGGGCAAGGACACCGUUCGUGGGUGUCGGUGGUAGCAUUUGAUCCGUAUACCACUUCGUACACUAACUGGGAUGGCGGUGACUUUUCAGACGACGAAAAUCAAAUGAACGAAUACGGUAUGGGGCGUGAGGCGCGUUUCUCGGCCGAUUCAACGGCCAACGGCUUCGAUUACAUACCGGGUGUCAGCGGUAUGGCGCACGACAAAAACUCCACACCGAAUCACACACGACAACGGCCACACUCAGCAUCGUUUCGUUCGGAUGCAUCCUCGUCGGCUGCGCUGGCACCGGAUAAAUUGGCUAUUAGCUAUCGCCUGGGUUCGGUCAGUCAGGAUACACAAAUCUGUCUGUGGGACAUAACGGAGGAUGUGCUGCGACAUCCAUUGUCGCUGCGUCAACGAGUCAAUAGCGUUAAUUUGAACGACACUAGUUAUAUGAACGGCGGUAUCGAUGCGGAUGGCAUCAAAGUGAUACGGCCAAUAGCCAUAGGUAAUAUAACGGGACCGUUCUCGCCACCACAACACACCAGCAGUCCAACGAAAGAGACCGUAGCACCUGAGAACAACAGCAACAGCAGCUCAAGUAAAUUCUCAACAGCGAACUGCACCAUAUCAUCGCAAUCGUCGAACGCCAAUACGCCACCGGAUGAGGCACUGCCAGCCGGCAGCAAUGCAACAGAGAAUAGCAGCAACAGCAAAGCGAACAACACAAACAACAAGGCGAAUGCAACAGGUAACUCAAUAAAAUUUCCCAACUGCAUAAGUGCCACCAAAUCGGACUCAAUUGAAGGCAACAACAAGGACAGCGUCUCCACAGUCUCCACGUCCGGCUACAACAGCAAGAACUCGAAUAGUUCCACCAAGUCUUCGGAUUCGAGCGUGUCGGCAUUCAACAGCCUCACACAGCGCUUUUCGAAUUUCAGCUUUCUCAGCAACUCGGACAAGAAGACCUCCUCCUCAGUAACUGGUUCCUUUGAUGCAUCGCAAAUAGCGGCGACGCAUCGCACACAUCGCAAGGGCAUGAGUCUGCUCAAGUCCAACAAUCAAACGAAUAACAGCAAUCACAACCACCAAACGUAUGGUGCGAGCGGCGGCGGCGGAGGCGGCAGCACGACAGCCGGCGAACACAACAGCAGCAGUGGCGGCGGCGGCAUUGGCAGCAGCAGCAGCACGACGGCGCAUAGUUUCGGUUCACUCAAACUGGGUAAAUCCAAUACACAUUCACACAGCUCAUCGCUGAGUGCAGCCUCCAAUGCAGUGGUGACUUCCUACGACCCCAUGAAGCUGAUCGGCACACCCUCGUGUCCACGCUUCGACGAAUGUCCACUGCUCGAGCCGCUGAUAUGCAAGAAGAUCGCGCACGAACGACUCUCGGCGUUGAUAUUUCGCGAAGAUUGCUUCCUAACCGCGUGCCAAGAUGGCUUCAUCUACACAUGGGCGCGACCCGGCUAUGCAACCCAAAAUGUACCACAGCAUUUAUCACCAAGUCAAGCGGCGCCUCCCGGCGGUACGGUAAUAUAGUUCGAUAAAAUAAAUAUGAACAACUAUGCACAGAAUCGGAUAAAGAGCAAACGCUUGUCGUUGGAAACACCAGAAUGAGUGAAUAAACAAACUCGCGCGUGAGCCAGUGUAGUGCACGUUGCGAGUGGGUGUGUGUGUGUUUUAGUGGAAACUGUUGAACUGUUGUGAAAUACAGAUGUAUGUGCAUGCAAAUUACACUUAAAAUUUACACUUGCGAAAGUGCAUAAAAAAAGCAAAUCAGCAGCAAAAUUUAUAUAAACAAAACAUGCAAAAGAAAAACAAAAAUACCAUUUAAACGUCAUUUAAAAUGACGUCAAAUAAAACUAUAAACCUAUUUUCAAAUAUUCCACUGUAAUUAGCAUAAAUAUAUACAAGCAAAGUAUGUAAAACAAUACUAUUAUGCAUAUAAAUACAUAUAUAUAUUAAAUAUU